AUGGACAAUGUGACACCUGGCAGCCCUCCAGGUGAGUCGGACCUGAGGGACUACAACUACCUGGCCCUGGUCCUCGGCGUCCCCCUCAUCCUCGUCAUCAUCCUGGGGAACGUCCUGGUGUGUCUGAGCGUGCUCACUGAGCGCUCCCUGAAGACCGCCACCAACUACUUCAUCAUCAGCCUGGCGGUGGCCGACCUGCUGCUGGCCGUGCUGGUGCUGCCGCUCUACGUCUACUCCGAGUUCCUCGGAGGUGUCUGGACUUUGAGCACCUCCAUCUGCGACGCUCUGAUGACGAUGGACGUGAUGCUGUGCACGGCCUCCAUCUUGAACCUGUGUGCGAUCAGCGUGGACAGGUACAUCGCUGUGGUGGUUCCCCUGAAGUACAACAGGAACCAGUUCAGUGUCCGUCAGCUGGCUCUCAUCACGGCCACCUGGGUUCUGUCUCUGGGCGUGGCCAGUCCCGUCAUCUUUGGCCUGAACCAGGUUCCGGGUCGCGACCCGACCGUGUGCAAGCUGGAGAACGACCAGUUCGUGGUGUACUCGUCGGUCUGCUCCUUCUUCGUGCCUUGUCCCGUCAUGCUCUUCCUGUACUACUGGAUGUUCCGAGGCCUGCGGCGCUGGAGCGGUCGCAGCCGGUCCCAGGCGGGUCGGGCCAGACGUCCGGCUCUGUCUCUGCGUCUGGGCUCGGCUCUGCACCGGGCCAAGGCCACGACGAGCGGCAGUCGAGAGAAGGUGGUGUACACGGCGCCCAGCGGCCUCAGCCCCACCUCGCCCUCCGCCGUCUCCAUGACGACGCCCUCGGCGACCCCGGUGACGGAGGAGGUGGCGCCGGCACCGGAGAGCGACCCGAUGACGACCCAGAUGGACAGCGUGUCGGACGGGGAGCCGACAGAGAGGAGGGAGGGAGGCAGCAGGAGGGAGAACGGCCUGAAGAGCAACGCUGCAAAGAGAGGACGACGGAACAGCAAGAGCAGCCGGGUCAGCGGGCGGGAACGCAAGGCCAUGAAGGUUCUACCGGUGGUGGUCGGUGUGUUCCUGGCCUGCUGGACGCCGUUCUUCGUCGUCCACGUCACCAAGGUGUCCUGUCAGUCAUGUGACAUCGGCCCCACCCUCAUCUCCGUGGUGACGUGGCUCGGCUACGUCAACAGCGCCGUCAACCCGAUCAUCUACACGGCCUUCAACGCCGAGUUCAGGAACGUCUUUCACAAGCUGCUCUGCUGUCGGACAUGA